AUAUAGUAAAGGUGAACCAACGAUGAUUCCACAAGUUGAACACUCGUCUCCAUCUCUAUUUCGUCUUCAUUCAUUCUUUCUACUAUUUCGAUAUACUUAUUUAUUUCCCUUUCCUUUCUUUCAGAUAAUAUAUAUUAAUUAAUUAAUUGUUAUUAGCAAUAAUAAUAUAUGAAUCCCCCAAAGAUGCUGUCUGAAACCACAUCCACUGCAUUCUUGUCGAGCCUAUUAAACUAACUAUUACCCAAAAACCAUUCUUGUUCUUGUUACAUAAGAGACCAUAAUCUUUGUGGGUUUGUUUUCUUGUUCAAGGUGUUUCAACUUAGCUACAACAACAUUAAUCUUGUUGUGAAUUGUCAUGGCUCUCAAUCUGUCUUCUCCAGCUGAACUCAAGUCUGUAUUUUUCACUGACCCUCUCAAGUCUAAUCGCCUCACACCUAAAUUCUCAGGUGGUCUUGCUUUGAAAAGAAAAGAGAAUGGAAGAAGAGUUUAUUGUUCAGUGCAGUCAUCAUCAGGAUCAGGACCACCACCAGCUUGGCCAGGAAGAGCAAUCCCAGAACUAGCUAAAAAGACUUGGGAAGGCCCAAAACCCAUUUCCAUUGUGGGUUGUACUGGUUCAAUUGGAACUCAGACACUAGAUAUUGUCGCGGAGAAUCCAGAAAAAUUUAGAGUUGUCGCACUUGCAGCUGGUUCAAACAUUACUCUUCUUGUAGAUCAGGUUAAAAGAUUUAAGCCACAACUUGUUGCUGUUAGAAACGAGUCUCUAAUUGCUGAACUUCAAGAGGCUUUGAAAGACGUUGAACAAAAACCGGAGAUCAUUCCUGGAGAGCAAGGAAUCAUUGAGGUUGCACGUCACCCAGAUGCAGUCACUGUAGUCACGGGAAUAGUCGGCUGUGCAGGACUAAAGCCAACAGUUGCGGCCAUAGAAGCUGGAAAAGACAUAGCUUUGGCCAAUAAAGAGACACUGAUUGCUGGAGGUCCUUUUGUCCUUCCUCUUGCUCGGAAGCAUAACGUGAAAAUACUUCCUGCUGAUUCCGAACAUUCUGCCAUUUUUCAGUGUAUCCAGGGAUUGCCAGAGGGUGCACUUAGGAGAGUUAUUCUAACUGCAUCUGGAGGUUCUUUUAGGGACUGGCCUGUUGAGAAACUGAAAGAUGUUAAAGUUGCCGAUGCAUUAAAACAUCCCAACUGGAGUAUGGGGAAAAAGAUAACUGUGGACUCUGCUACACUUUUUAACAAGGGUCUAGAAGUGAUUGAAGCACAUUACUUAUUUGGAGCUGAUUAUGAUGAUAUUGAUAUUGUCAUUCAUCCACAAUCAAUCAUACAUUCAAUGAUUGAAACACAGGAUUCAUCUGUUCUUGCACAAUUGGGGUGGCCUGAUAUGCGUUUGCCAAUCCUUUAUACAUUAUCAUGGCCUGACAGAGUUUAUUGUUCUGAAAUCACUUGGCCUCGGCUUGAUCUUUGCAAGCUUGGUUCACUUACUUUUAAAGCUCCUGACAACGUUAAGUAUCCAUCGAUGAAUCUUGCCUAUGCUGCUGGACGCUCUGGAGGCACCAUGACAGGAGUUCUUAGUGCAGCAAAUGAGAAAGCUGUAGAAAUGUUUAUUGAUGAAAAGAUUAGCUAUUUGGAUAUUUUCAAGGUUGUCGAGCUAACAUGUCAGAAGCAUCAAGAUGAAUUGUUGACCUCACCUUCCCUUGAAGAAAUUAUUCACUAUGACUUGUGGGCACGCGAAUAUGCUGCUAGUUUGCAAAGCUCUUCGAGCUUCAGUACUCCUGUUCUAGCAUGAGACUGAUCACUGAUUUAAGAAUCGGUGGUUGUGGCUGAUUCGUACCAGCUGGCUAGUGUUAGCAUAUUUCUCCAUAUUUUCUUUCGGCAUUGAACAAUUGUAUACAAUGUAGCAUGAUGCAUUCCUCAGAAUUUGAAAGAGAAAAGGGUUAUUAUUAAUGGAAUGCUUAUCUUACAAUACAA